UCUGCUCCUCAAUCGAAACUCGAAUCUCAGAUCAGAGGGAUAACCAAACCCUCCGUUAUUCGACCACCGUCGAGCCCAUCGCAAACUCCAAAACUCUUUAAUCCUGUAAUGUUUUAUACGUCAAUGUUAUUUGGGCCACCUAGAUAUUCCUGAUUGUUGCGAUCGCAUGAGCUCGAAACAGCAAGUGCCCUUGUACAGUCCAUAAAACGAUGGAGGCAUUGUCACCUCGCUCCACCAAUAUUCUUCCCAAACCCAAGACCGAUCCCAUGACGAAGGCAGGCGCCGAAGAUGCACAACCUCAAAAGGCGCGGUCCGCCAAAAACCACGCUCCACCACCACCCCCGACAGUUCGUGAGCCAGAAGAAGGGGGGGAGGAAUACAUCACUGGCAAAUUUCUUGGAAAAGGGGGAUUUGCCGUAUGCUAUGAGGGAAGGCUUGCGCGAAGCAAUAAGGUAUAUGCGAUGAAAGUGGUGAAGUCAGAAAUGAACCAGAAGAAAAUGGAGGAAAAGUUCCGAACCGAGCUCCAAAUACAUUCGAAAAUGUGUCAUCCCAAUAUCGUGGGUUUCUAUAGGGCAUUUUCCUUCGAACAAAACACUUAUGUCAUUUUGGAACUGUGCCCUCACGGCUCCGUUAUGGACAUGGUGAGGAAAAGGAAAUGCCUAAGCUUGCCUGAGGUCAGGAGAUUUAUGGUUCAGCUUUGUGGCGCUGUCAAAUACAUGCAUAAAAGAAACGUGGCUCACCGGGACCUGAAAAUGGGAAAUCUAUUUCUCGAUAGAAAUAUGGAUAUCAAAGUUGGAGAUUUUGGUCUCGCUGCUAUUAUCCUCUCGGAGAAGGACGAAAAGAGACGGAGAACGUUGUGUGGGACUCCAAAUUAUAUCGCGCCUGAAGUUUUGGAUAAAAGCAAAGGAGGCCAUAAUCAAAAAGUCGAUAUAUGGUCCCUUGGUGUAAUCUUUUUUGCCAUGCUCACCGGAUACCCCCCAUUUCAAUCGAAAACGCAGGACGAAAUCUACAAGAAAGUCAAAAACCUUACAUAUGUGUGGCCCAAGGAGUCCGAGGGUGCUAAUUAUAUUCCAGUGGAGGCAAAGCACUUGGUUAGCUCCUGUCUAAAUUUGAAUGAGGAAGAACGACCGGAACCCGACCAGAUUGUUGAUCAUGCAUUUUUUAAUAUGUAUAAUGGCUGUAUACCACGUCAAUUGGACCCGGCCACACGGGUUUCUCCGCCUACCUGGCUGACGACUCAAGACCCUCGAGGGGAUCGUAUGAGUUACGGAUAUAGCCUUGACCAUGACUCGAAGUAUCUAGGGAAAAUUUCCUAUACGAAAAACUCUGACGAGCGGUAUCUUAUUUGCAAAAACCAGUUUUACACAGAAUGUGGGGUUGGUAGGACUUCAACCGGAUCAAUCAGGAGACCGGCAGGGAAACGAUGUUCCAAAUCUGCUUUCGCUGAAUGUGCUGCUGAAGAAGAGAGAGGAAUGCAGCCCAUCGUACCAAUACCACAGGAUCGAGUUUACAGCUGCUACACUGGACCAAAUGGGGAUUGGAGUCAUGCAACCGAAGAGGACGCUGCUCAACCUGACCCCGAUAGCCCCAUUGAUGACGAGCCGCUUCCUAGAUCACGUACCUCAUCCCUUAAACAACAAGCUGCGGCGGCUGCCCGCACAACAUCUGCUUUGGUUGCACAAAUUCGCCGCAAAGAGACUCAAACCCAAAGCCAUGCAGCACUCCUACGGCAGCAGGCUGUGUCACAACGACAGUCAAGGAACCCCUCAUCCUCCCAGCACCGUCAAGCUGAUCUCAGAGAAGCCGCAGAAAAUGACACCUUGGGCGACAACAUUCCUCCCCAGCGGCUGCUAAAUGAGAGACCAAUCCGGACGCGGAGGGUGGCAUCUGGCUAUUCUGCAUCCGUCCGCGACACGAACGUAUUGUCCACUUCCGCAUUGACUAAAUCCACUUCAGAACCAAUAAAUUUGACAAUUGGGAAAACGAGGUCUCAAUCGAGGCAGCAAAUCGCAGCGUUAACACAGGGGAAAAACCAGUUAGCACCGGAAACCAAACUUGAAGUCAAAAUGCUAGAUAUCAAUAAUAAAGAUAAUGGCAUACAUAGCUCGGUUCGCGGUAUGCCUAUGAGGACCGUGAGAAUCGAUCCUCGCGAGACAGAAAGACAGCGACCGCGGGAACAUCCAGAAAGCACUCAAAAACAAGAAUCCCGUGAGACGAAGUGGGACGAAAAAUCCAGGAACACAAACAGCAAUGGCAGUUAUGGCAGCAAAUCUACCAACUCUAACAAAUCACGAUCCACACUCGGACUAAGUCCUCUAAUACAUCCCGACGAACAUCCAGAGCUCAUGCCAGGGACGACCGCGCGUGAAGUUCUAGGCGAUUUGAAAAGCUACCUUCGACACUUCGAUCGAUUGGAAUCAUGGGGAACAUCGACUUCAAGGGCAUGGAAACGCCAGCAAUUUCCAUCACUUUCUGACCCACAUCCUUACGUCGUCAAGUGGGUGGAUUAUACGAAUAGGUACGGUAUCGGAUACGUUUUGGAUGAUGGGAGUGUGGGGUGCGUUUUCAAGGGAGAGCACGGGCGCCCGGCAAGUUGCGUGGUGGUCCGGGAUGGAGAACGGCAUAUCCGCCGGAAAGCAUAUUCGAAGGAAAACCCCCGCAUUGCAUAUGCCGAUGCUAAUCAACUUGUUCCGAGAAAUGGCCAACCUGUGGAGUUUUAUGAGAACGUUGAUGUGCAAGACAAUUCUAACUCUGAGGGUGGAGUGAGAAGGGUUCUCGUUCGACCGGAUGCAUUUGAAGUGAGGAACCAAAAUGGCCCCGGUGGGCCAGGCAUAAAGGUUCGCAUGAAUUGUGGUGUAGACUCUGCAAGGUGCGAUGCGGAGAAAGUCAAACGGGUCAAGCUGGCCGACCAAUUCGGCAAAUAUAUGAUUGGAACUUUAGGAAGAGGUGUAGAUGAGGACUGUCCCCCCGAGGAUGAGAGGAGCCGCAACGGGUUUUCCAGCGAAAUUAAUCAAUAUGUCAAAUUCUAUCAGCGCUUAGGAAAUGUUGGCAUCUGGGGUUUUGGAGACGGAGCAUUCCAGUUCAACUUUCCGGAUCAUACUAAACUUGUUAUCUCGCUCUCUCCUCAUGGAUCGCAAGGCUCAUCGGAGUUACGGCCUUGCCAAGCCGAUUUUUAUCAUCUUUCACCCUCUGCAUCACGCUACCUAGCAACCAGGGGUAGAAUGCACCCAGCAGGCUUUGAUACAAGGGCCGUCAUAUCUGAAAACCUGGACACCUAUCUCGCCGCUCUCUCGGGCCACACGACCCACCCGUCCGGGAUUAGUAGCAGCCGGUUUUGCGAUAUAUUGGAGGCAAAUGCCUUCCGCGAAAAGCUUGAGUUCAUUCAACAGGUUCUGCGGAGCUGGUUUGAGCGCAGAAGAUUGGGAAGCAGAGUAUUGCUUCGCAAAGGGUUAUCUGCUCCUAUGGAUAGCAACUCCAACAAAACCAUUCCCGACGAAUUGACGUCCACACGAGAAUACCGCGGCGAGAUAUUUUGGCAUGGUACUCAGGAGAAAUCGUGGAUGACACCGUCAGGGGGUAAAUUUGUGUGGGUUACAGUUGGUGCCCAUGGUGGCGACGGCGAGUAUUUUGCCGUACAACUCAAGGGCAAUCCUGAAGGCGGAGCAGUCGAGUGUGUUGGUGCCGAACAGAUGAAAGAGCUACAAGACCAAUUGAUGGCAAUGACUGUGCGAUCUGCUCAGUAG